GCCCUUAGCCCUCGAUUUCGUAUGUAUUUUAUCUUCGUAAUUAUAGUUCCUCAACUCCUAACUGGUUUUCUCUAUAUUUCGUAGAACGACAAAUUUUACAAAAUUUGAGAAAAUUUUUGUGAAACCCUAGAUUUCUAAUCGGGGUUUUGUCAUCUUGAUCUACUGAUUCGAAGGUUUUGUUGUUUUCCCCGUUUACCUGUCGACUUCAUACACAUCUGGUCAUGUCCAAUGAUUAUUACAAGCUACUGUUACUGCUACUUUGUGCUCUCCUUUUUUCCUGGAUUCAUAGUAACUUUAAGGGUGUGUUAAUUCUUUGAAAUGGCUGCAAGCAGCAGAUUUGAUUUAUCUUUGAAUAGUCCUGAUGGAUCCACCUAUUCCAAUGGGCAACGGGGACCAUAUUUGGCUGCUUCACUAGAAAAGUUGGGAAGCUUUCGUGAAGUUUCAGAUCGAAUCCUGUCAUCAACUCCUGGUACAUCAAAGGCUAAUGCUUCACCAUCACGUGGAGAUAUUGCUUGCUUACUUCAGUCUCUUGCUUCAGAUUUUAAGGUGAUUGUUGCUGAUCACCGCUUAAAUCGGCCGGGAGAGAUGAAAAGGACACUAAGUUCUAUCUUUGGAACUCCUGCCAAUGAUGCAACAUUGGUGACAUUGGGAACAAAGCCAUUACCUUCUUCGUGUUUGGAAGAGAUUAAGCGCUUAAAGAAUAACGUGCAAGACAAUUUUACCAAAGCAAGGGAUAGAGUUAAAAUUUUUGGUGAAGCUUCUUUAAAAAUUGACAAAUUCUGUCAUAAUAUUUUAAGAAAGCGUCAUCGAGCUGAUUCCUCAUCAGGUGAGCGAUCUACUGGCUUAAAUCAAGGAAGCAUUUCCAAGAUCGGGCCUCUGAGUUAUCUAUCUGGAUCUUCCCUUGAGAUUGGAUCUCAAAGAUUAGAAGACAAGGCCAAAAUUAAUGUACCAAACAGAAGGAUUCGAACUUCCCUUGUUGAGGCUAAUGGAACUGCCAGAACCUCCGGGACUCUGGAGAGGGAUAAAGAUAUUUUAAAGACAACAAAUAUCAGUGCAGCACAGGGGGAUGAAAAUGAUCGAGUAUUUUCAACAGUUGUUGAUAGUUGGGAAAGGUCGAGGAUGAAGAAGAAACGCUCGAUAAUUAAAUCAGAUGUUUCAGCAUGUUCAGGUCUUGUUAAGUCUCAAUGUGAUCGGGAUAUGAAAAGAGGAAUGCAGCAAAAGCUUGGUAUUGAUGCUCGACCAAAACUUAAUUAUUCACAUAGCUUCAGGUCAGGAUCUAAUAAUAAUACAACCCUUGCCGGAAAGAUAGAUUCAUCUACUCAACAAAGUGCUCCCAACAUGCGCUCAAGAAAUGAACAAAAUCAUGUUUCAGUCCCUAAUGACAGAAGAGAUACUCGAUUUUGUUCAGAUACUGAAAAUGCCUCUGUUAGAGUUAUUACAAAGCCUAACAGCCGAGAGGAUGCUCGUGCUGUAAGUCCUAUAUUACCAAAAUUUGGAUCUGCUCGAGGCCCACGUUCCAAUUCAGUAUCGCUGUCCAAGGCUUCUUCUAACAUUCAUCGAGGUUUGGGAAAUCCCGAGGAUAUGGAUCAGGCUCAAACUCUUGGUGCUAUCAACAGGAAAAGAUCAGCUUCUGCAAGGUCCUCAUCGCCUCCUGUCGGCCAGUGGGCAGUACAAAGGCCCCAAAAAAUUUCCCGUUCUUUAAGGAGAUCAAGUUUGUCCCCACUUAUUUCAAGCCAGGAUGAGUUAUCUGUAUCAGAAACUGUAGAAGAUGCAUCAAUCAAUCAUGAUGAUUUAGCAGGGACUAGGCGUGCCUCUUCGAAUGCUUCCCAUCAUAAUAAAAUGAGAGGGGAUAAUUUUGCAUCACCUUCAUUAUCAGAAAGCGAGGAAUCUGGUGGGCAAGAAAACAAGCUUAGAGAUAAGGCCAAGAAAUGCACGGAGGUAGAAGAUAAGCCUGCUCAAACUGUUCAGAAGUUUACAAAUCUUAUUAUGCCAUCAAGGAAGAACAGGAUGGCUAUUGAAGAAGAUUGUGGAGAUGCUGAUCGCAGGCAAGGGAGGAUACGUCGAGGAUUUGGUCCUUCGAGGACUGGUAUGUCAGCAAGCAUUGAAAAACUUAGUGAUGUUGUCACUACGAAACAACAGAGGAGUGCCAGACAUGGAUCUGAGAGGGUUGAAAGUAAACCUGGUCGUCCGCCCAUUAAGAAGUUGUCUGAACGUAAAAGUUUUGCACGACCAAGACAAUUAAUAAACAGUUUAGCAUUGGAGUCAUCUGAUGAAGUUGUUGAUGAUCAUGAUGAACUUGUGGCGGCUGUAACUGCUGCCCUUGAUACUGGUAGAAAUUGUUCUGGUUCAUUUUGGAAGCAAGUAGAGCCUGUCUUUAGUUUUGUUUCCACUGAAGACACAGCUUUCUUGCGUGAACAGAUUGAUCAGGAACAUGUUCUAAUGUCGUCGGCAACAGUUGUUACCAGUAGGCACGAAAAUAAUGCCUUUCCUAGAGGAGUUGACUUUAACAUAUGUGAGAGAGAAACCACAUUUGCUAAGCAGACUACGGAAUCGGUCCCUCUUCUAGACCAAUUUAGAAUUUCAAUUUGUCAAGCUCUUAUUUCAGCUAUCAUUGAUGAAGACGACAUUGAUAAUCUUUACAACACCAUUGAUUAUGGGGAAGCAUAUACAUGUAAUGAUUCCUAUGCUGCAGUUUUUGAGCUUGACAAAGACAUGAAAACAAAAGAUUUGAACUUGCACCUGCUCGAGAACUGCCAAACCACUAGAAGAAAUUCAGAUUAUUAUAAAGUUGAUGUUAAUCAGAGAUUUUGUGAUAAAAGUUCAUGGGAGAGGUUGGGAACAAAUGGAGCUUUGGAAACUGUUUAUGGACCAUUAUCAAGUCCUCACCAAGUCUUAAAUCAGCUGGCACCAAAUCAGAUAAAACCAUUCAGAACAGAUUGUACUCAAUUUCUAUACAACCAGAUGAGCAUCAAUGACAGACUAAUGGUUGAGCUGAGUGGAAUUGGGCUUUACCCCGAAACUGUGCCUGACGGGACAUAUGGUGAGGAUGAAGACAUCACUAAAGGCAUCCACACACUAGAGGAGAAGCUCCGUGAACAGGCUUCUAAUCGGAGAAACCUGCUCCUUAAGUUAGAGAAGGCUGUUAUGGAUGCCACUGAACUUCAACAGAGGAAACUAGAGAGUCUGGCAAUGGAUCGUCUUGUACAGAUUGCAUACAACAGAUAUAUGUCUUGCUGGGGUCCUACUACUUCUGUAAGCAAGAAUGUGAACAAAUAUGCUAAACACGCUGUCCAGAAAUUCAUCAAACAAACAUUGGAAAGAUGUAAGAAAUUUGAACAGACAGAUAUCAGUUGCUUUCAAGAGCCUGUUUUCAAGGACAUGUUCCUUGCUGCAUCAUCUCACAGCCACCAUUCACAAGUUGCCAAUUUUCUUCCAGCUGAUGCCAAACCUUCCAACAAAAUUCGAUCAAUAAAUCCUUCUCUAGAACAUCAAUUCAUCAAAGAAGAAAUCUGUUCAAAUCGAAUAAAAAAAAAGGAAGUUUUGCUUGGCAGCACAUCCACUCCAUCUCAAGCCCCUACAGGUCUUGGAACUUCAUUAGCCGGCGGUGCAAAGGGGAAGCGAAGUGAGAGGGAUCGAGACAUUAAGAAUACCACUGGGAAGCUCGGCCGCCCUUCCGCAUCCAGCUGCAAGGAGGAAAGGAAGAACAGGGCAAAGCCGAAGGUCAAGACAACACAACAAUUAUCUGCUUCUGUCAAUGUUCUUCAUAAUAUGUCAGGAUCUGCUGUUAGAAAUGUCAAGGAGAAAGAGAAUCCAAACUUACUUCCAGUUGUUGAAAAUGAUCAUAUUGACUUGAGCAACCUUCAACUUCCCGAUAUGGAUGCCGUUGACUUUGGCGGUCAAGGUCAAGAUAUUGCCUCAUGGCUGAAUUUUGAGGAAGAAGGAAUGCAGGAUCAGGAUUUCAUGGGGCUUCAGAUUCCUAUGGAUGACCUUUCCGAUGUUCACAUGAUGAUAUGAGAUUUAGAGAAGCUUGUACAGUUUCUGAUCAACAGGCAAUUCUAUAACCAUACAGGUACUGGCAGCAGCUGAAAGCUUGUCUGUAUAGAUUCUUUUAGGGUCCCUUAGGGUUAUUAGGGUAAACCCUAAAACCCUAAAAAAGGGUCCCUUAGAUGGACUAGUUAACAGUAACAUGUACUUUUUUUGAAUGAGCUUAGAGUUUACUCUCAUCUAUACCAUAGAGGGAUCUUGAUUGUAAAUAUCUUUUGUUCUGUAUAAAGGCAGGCUGCCAAGUUUAGUGUAUUCUGGUUUUGACAUCUGCAUGGUAGGCCGUUGUGCCUAUUGUAUAUACAUUUAUAUCUUAAUAAAAGUGCCAUU